GCGAUGUCUAACAUGAACCAGGGGGGGAAACGACUGUCAAACUCCUAAUGGCAAAGAAAAAGGGGUCAUUCGCCUAUUUUUAGCCAGGUUUAUAAAACAUACGAGGCUAUUUGGUAAAUAUAAUAUGACGAUUUAUUGUUUCUUGAACAAGGAAGUGAUGGGCUCCUCUGGGAAAAGUGUGGCCCCUGAUUUAGAAAAAACAUAGAUGCGCCCCUGCUGCCCUGUCACCUUGACACUCGAAGCUGACUGAUGCUCGUGAGCGUUGCGCGCGCAAGACCACGCCCCCACCCCCCUCUCUCGUGCACGAGCGCUCGGUGCACACCUCUCUUGGCCGUGGGGCGGAAGUGGGUCCAUGUUUUUCCUCUCAGUCGGAUAAGAGCGGCUCGAGGAGCUGCAGCCCGCGCAGCCACAGCACAUGUUCAUGUUGACGAGAAUUCAGCAGAGAGUAAACAACGGCCACAGCAGCGAGUAAGGGACGUGGUUGGGCGCCACACGGUCGCCGCACCGAGGUUUCCGCGGUUGAGGGCACAUUUUUUCUCUCCGUACGCCGCCGGAGGAGAAACAAAUCCCUGCGCAUUCCUCCACGCAGAGAGCCCGAGAGGGAGAGCAGCCGUCGGACGGGGGAGAAGGAGCCCUGGAAUCGGCCUCUUCACCAAGUGGAACCCGCCGGGGCUGGUGGCGGAUGUUGGGGCUCCAUCCGUGUUUGUCUCUGGCGCCUUAACGAGCCGAGGCGCGCCGUCACACCGUCGCUUUGAUGAAUAAUUCACGGUCCCUCGGUCCGAGGCUCGCGCUGCGAACACCUACCGACAGCCGGCUGCGCCCGACGCCGCCGGAGCUCCCGGCCCCGAUGGUGGACUAGUCCGAAAACAACACGAGAACACAGAGACGACACUGGCCUGAGGUGGAGGGUAAAAAAAAAACCAAUAUUGGAAAAUACUUUGGUGGUGGUGUGGGAGCUGUUCUGUGGCGCAGAGCCCCGUCAGUCAUGUUGCCGAGUCGGUGGGGGAGGAGAGACGGAGCCCACAGUACUUCAACGCCGAUCCAGUGUCACUCCAGCCUCGGGUUUAUUUUAUGAGCCUCCACAAAGCACAAUCGGACACUUUUGUCUCUGCAGCAGCGCCAACAUCGUCCAUUUGACGGGAUGAUGCUUCAGCCUUACACACGCGAAUCUCUCUCAGCAGCCUGACGAACUAUUUCUCUUUUUGUUACCUCAGAAACUAUCUGUGGACAAGUGGCUGCCUCCCUGCUUUGCAUCAGGUCCGAGUUAUAUAAUACAGGCAGGGAUCUGUAUGUCGUUCAGCACCCUGUUCACUUUUGAACUGACUUUAUUACCUCAUGAAUCUACCUCAAUCAGCACAUUGUUUUCUACACAACACGACGGGCCGCUGUGUCCUCAGAUGAAUACCUCAUUCUCGUCGCUGCGCAAGUUUUGAACUGAGCCCGUGUUUCGGUAACGCUGCUGCAGAUGGCUUCGUUUCCAGACUCAGACCUGCAGACGUGCCCGCUCUGCAAGGAGCUGUGCGGCUCCUCUGCUCCCAUCUCCUCCAGCUCUUCUACCUCCUCCUCCUCCUCGCACACCUCAUCGUCCUCCAGCCAGACCACCAGGCGACUCCACGUCCUGCCCUGCCUCCACGCCUUCUGCAGGCAGUGCCUCGAGGGCCAGCGCAGUCCCGGGGACCCCCUGAAGCUGCGGUGCCCCACCUGUGACCAGAAGGUGUCCAUCUCCGAGGCCGGCGUGGACUCCCUGCCUUCCUCCACCUUCCUCUUCAGCAACCUGCUGGACGUGGUGGUGAGCUCCGAGGAGCAGAUCCAGAGCAAGAACGGCCACCACCACCAUCACCACCGAGGAGGCUUAGGUGUGGGCUCCUCUGGCUUCCAUCAUACCCAUCGAGGCCUGCUGCACCCCCACCACCUGGGUGAGCCUCAGUGUAGCUCCUGCGAUGAGGAGAACCCAGCCACCUCCCACUGCCUUGACUGCCAGGAAUAUCUGUGUGACAACUGUGUGCGGGCACACCAGCGGGUGCGGCUGACCAAGGACCACUUCAUUGAGCGCCUGGGGGAGAGCCUCCAUCUGGGCCGGGUGAACGCCAACAGCAACCCGGGCCAGCCAGGGGUGUCCGUGUCCCUCGCCCAGUCCCUGCAGAACAACUUUGCCCUGCUGUCUCUUUUCCAGGACCGCAUGAGCUUCUGUCAACACCAUGACAAUGAGGUGUUCCUGUUCUUCUGUGAAACCUGCUCGGUACCUAUCUGCAGGGAGUGCAGUGUGGGCCGUCACAUGGGCCACACCUUUGUUUACCUGCAAGACGCCGUGCAGGACUGCAGAGCCAUCACCAUCCAGCUGCUGGCAGAUGCAGAACAAGGACGACAGGCUGUGCAGCUAAGCAUGGAGAAGGUCCAGGCCAUGGCAGAGCAAGUGGAGAUAAAGGCAAAGGUGGUGCAGACUGAGGUGAAGGCACUCGUCCUAAGACACAAGAAAGCGCUGGAGGAAAGGGAAUGUGAACUACUGUGGAAGGUAGAGAAGAUCCGUCAGGUGAAGGCCAAGUCUCUUUACCUGCAAGUAGAGAAGCUGCACCAGAGUCUGACCAAGUUGGACAGCACCAUCGCUGCCGUCAGCCAGGUGCUGGAUGAGGGCCACCACCUCGACGUGCUGCUGGCUAGGGAGCGAAUGCUCACCCAGAUCCAUGAGCUCAAGGCCCUCAGGGGCCUGCUUCAGCCACAAGAGGAUGACCGCUUCAUGUUUACUCCUCCAGACCAGACUCUGUACAUAGCCACCCAGUCCAUGGGUCUCAUCAGUAGUGGAGCUUUUGCCCCGGUCACCAAAGCCCACGGUGAGGGUCUGAAAAGUGCGCUUCGUGGCAAGCCUGCCUCCUUUACUGUGAUUGGAUAUGACCAUGAUGGCGAGCCACGUCUCUCUGGUGGGGACACAGUGUCUGCAAUAAUCAUUCCAGUCGGCGAUGGUAACCUGUCUGCAGCAGAGGUAACAGACCACCAGAACGGCUCCUACACCAUCAGCUACAUGCCCAAGUGUGAAGGGGAGCACCUCGUGUCAGUGCUGGUGUGUAACCAGCACAUCCAGGGCAGCCCCUUUAAGGUGAUCGUGAAGUCGGGGCGCAGCUAUGGGUCUCUGGGUUCACAAGUCUCAGCCUUCGGGUGUGAGGGGGAAGGAGACGGUCAGCUCUGUCGGCCCUGGGGCAUCAGCGUGGACAAGGAGGGAUACGUGGUGGUGGCUGAUCGCAGCAACAACCGCAUACAGAUAUUCAAGCCUUGUGGCGCCUUCCACCAUAAGUUUGGCUCUCUGGGUUCUCGGCCUGGUCAGUUUGAUCGUCCAGCUGGGGUUGCGUGUGACAGUCAGAGACGAAUCAUUGUGGCUGAUAAGGACAAUCACCGUGUACAGGUGUUUACUUUUGAGGGCCAGUUCCUGCUCAAGUUUGGGGAAAAGGGUACCAAGAAUGGGCAGUUCAAUUAUCCCUGGGAUGUGGCUGUCAACUCUGAGGGUAAGAUCCUGGUCUCAGACACCAGGAACCACCGUGUGCAGCUCUUUGCCCCUGACGGGUCUUUCCUCAACAAGUACGGCUUUGAAGGGGCCCUGUGGAAACACUUUGACUCUCCCAGAGGAGUGUCCUUUAACCACGAAGACCACCUGGUGGUGACCGACUUCAACAACCACCGGCUCCUGGUAAUCCGGCCCGACUGCCAGUCGGCUCGCUUUCUGGGCUCCGAGGGCACAGGGGACGGGCAGUUCCUGCGGCCCCAGGGUGUCGCCGUGGACCAGGAGAACCGCAUCAUCGUGGCCGACUCCCGCAACCACAGAGUCCAAGUGUUCGAGCCCAAUGGAAACUUCUUAUGCAAAUUUGGCACACAGGGGAGCGGCUUUGGACAGAUGGAUCGCCCCUCCGGUGUGGCUGUGACGCCUGACGGAGUCAUUGUGGUUGUUGACUUUGGAAAUAAUCGCAUUCUCAAAUUCUAAAAAAAAAAAGUUUAUUUUUGCAUUCUCUCCCUCCGUUUGUCCUUGCAGUUUUUUUGAUGAAGGAAAUGGAGGCGAGAGAAUGAAUCAACCGUCACAACAGGAGCUUAGAGAGGAUUGAGAGCAUGUUGAAAUGAAGGGAAAAUAAAACUAUAGAUUUUUUUUUUUCAUUUGCAUUGAUAUUUUCCAAAUCAGAUAUCUAUGGUUUGUAUGACAAAGGGGACCUCUACAAAAUGAUAAUCAGUAGAAAAAGAGCCAUAUAUCCCUUUGUCUGACUCAACUGCUCUGAAUCCUUUCUGUAAGCUCUCCUUACGUAUCCAUCUCAGGGAAUUUCUCACUUUUCUUGAAAUCUUACACCCUCUGCUCCACACCUACCUCAUUUAGCUCUUUAUGAAUGUACUCAUAGUCACUGAGCAGAGGUUUUAGUCCGUGAAGUUUUACAAAGAAGAAAAGUCUAACUCUAUAGUUUGUUAUUUAAGAGAGACAAAAAAGAAUAGACUCUUCAGUUGAUAUUUGCACAGGAUUAAUGGAAUUCUUGCUGUGCAUUUUGAAAUAUGAGUUAAAGUGAACCUCCUGAAUGUUGUUGCUGAGACAAUACUCAGACCACUGUAGAGGCUGCAUGAUUUAUUCUCAUUAGAAGGCUUUGCUUGGAGGGGAAGCUAGGGUACAGUAGUGUCCUUUUCAUGUUUUAGGCUUGUCCUUUUUUUCGCUUGUGCAUCAAUCCUUGUCUCUUUGUGGCUCUGUGGAGUUUGUAGUGUCAUGAUAGCCUCAGAGUGUGAGAAGCGAUGCCAAAAAACUUAGUAGAAUCAAAAUUAGCUCAGGUCAUUGUAGGACUGAUUAAAAUGAUCAGUACUUUUCAGGCUCUCCCUCUAGCUUCACUUGCUAAUGUUGAUUUGAUGAAUUUAUUGAUUCACGAGAAUAUAGAGUUUAGGGAAGCGUCUUCAAAAUUUUCCCUGAGAUCCCCGAAAUAAGCCCUGUAAUAAAAUUACCCAAAUAGUUAUAGCAUCCGUACUCUCCCCCCAACCCCAACCGUGUCUUGUAAGACUGGAUGAAUUCUUGUUUUUGAUAAAGUAAGACAAACUGUGUUGUUGCUAUUGAGACAGUUGCAUGAACAGCGAUGAUGCAAAGACUCAUAUGCAAGGAGAGCACAUCUCCUCCAAAAGGGAGGACCCACCAAAGGAUUUUGGAGAAAAAUCUUUCAAGAUCUGGAUCUAUUAGUGAUCUUAACAUAGAGAUUUAAUCAUAUUAUUGAAUGACACCUUUUUGAUGAGGCAUGCUGUGUAACAAAAGCCUCAGAUGAAGACCUCUAAUUUGGCCGUCCAGAGGACAUUAAUGACAUCAAAUUACAGAGCUAACAUUGCAAUCCUCUGGAUUCAGAUUGUGGUUGAAAGCCACCUCUCUUCGGCUCCUGGGGCCAGUAGUCCAGUCCAAUGAGGAGGGCUCCAUUGUGAAGCCCUGCCCUAUUUAUUGAUGUUUGGAGCUGUGAAGACAUCUCCAGAUUCAGCGCUAGUUGACGGAUUCCUCUAAAGAUGAAGGUCUAUAGACCAAAUAUUGUCAACCAAAGUUAGAAUUUCUGCACAUUGGCCAACUGUAGAUUUAGCUAUUUAAAAAACAAAUCCUCCCUUUAAAAUACAUUUUCUUGAAUAAUCAUUGUUGCUGGGAAGUCUAAAGUUCACAAAACUCACAGAGUUCAUAGCACUGUCCUUGUUGGGCUUAGACAAAUAAAGUGUACUUGGGUCACAGUUUAUUGUGCAUGAGUACUUUCACAUCCUGCAAAAGACCAAGACCCUCGCUGUUUAAGGCCGGGUUUGAAAAGAAAACCCUUUUGGUCUGUCUGCAGGGAUGUUUGAGUAGAGAACAGAGGAAACCCGCACCAAAGAGAACCCCUUUCUUCCCUCUUGCAUUUAUCGCAUCAGCCAUCAAAUGAUGCCCCCGUGUCAUUCAUUUUAGUCGGCCUGUAGGCUCAAAGUAGCAUCUUUCAUUAGCCUUUAUAUCCCUCUCUAAUUUCCAUAGAAACAAAUUCUAAAUCUUUGUUGUGAAAGCAUUGUGGGGUUUUGAAUCCCCUUACCCUAUGUUAAAAUCUGUGUCCCGCUGGAAGCACUAAGACAAUUAAGGUUCUGUUAGCCACCUUCUUAGCCUGGCACAGAAUCCUGGGACCCAUGAAAAGAGUCACUGACCGGCUCUCGCCUCUGAGGAGAGGGCCUGUGUGCACAUGAUCAGGAUUUACAUCCUCAUAUCUCAGAUAUCCUGUACCUCAACGCUUGUCGUACCUCCUCUCUUGUAUACCUCAACUCCUGAAUACCUCAAAUGUGUCACUCAUAGCUACUGUGCAUUUACACAUUCAAAUACCUCAACUUGUUACUCUCAUUCUGAAUACCUCAUUUUUUGCUCUUUAUUUAAGCAUACCUCGUCAGAUAUUUAUGCAUUACAAAUAUACCUCAUUCUUUGAAUCUUCUUGUGUUACAGUGCAGUACAUGUCUCAUAGCUCUAGGACCAAAGAUCGUGGUACUGUUCCGAGUUGAAAUUAAAACUUUUGUUAAGGUCAUCACUCCACCUGGCAGCCCUGAACAGCUUUUGGUUUGUCGAAUCUACUGUAAAUUGCCUGGUUAAACUCUGCCUUUUUAUCACCAAGAAACCAAAUAUUUCAGAUGAAAGCUUUGUGCCAAAAUGAUCUGUGAGACUUCUGUGCCAAACAGGGCUGGCAUUUGGACCACACUGUUUGUAGAAGGACAAAUGUCACUGGACCAUUAUAUCAUAGAUACAAAUGUAAAAUCUGAGCACCCUUUGCACAUCUGUACUUUGUUACUGUGUACAAGGGGUGGGCUGAAGAGGAAACGGCCUCAUUUAAAGAGUUAAGAACUUAAAAUGCACAACCAUGAACUCUAAUUUCAGCACAAGUAACCAAUAUUUCAGUGUGGACUGUGUGAUGCUUGGUGAUGUGUGUUGAGGACUUGGACAUAAGUCUGAACUCAACCUGUCUGACUGUGUUGUGAACAAACACGUCGGAGGAUUUACACAGGCUGGUUUAUUGUUUAAGUGGGGCUAUUAGCACAUUGAUGGUGUUCCAGUCCAGAGAGCCUGCUGCUUUGAACCCAACACCUAGUUUCACCGGUAAGACUUUGUUUUUUUCUUUUCAGUAUUACUCAGUGAAAUGUUCAUUCAUGUUGCAUCAGUUUUUAAUUAAGAUUGCAGAAUUCUAUCUUUGAGAUCCUUAGGUCUUCACUCUUAAAGAGAAAAAAAUUGUAUUUUAAACCUUUAUUUUGUUUUUCAUUUUGUUGCAUGCUUUAAAAAGUCCUUGUAUUAUACUGACGUCUCUCAGAUAGGUGUUGAAAAACUCAGAUGGGGUGGGUAGCUGACUAUUGGGAUGAUUUUACCAAAAUAUAUACCCAAAGAUGUGUAUGUUGCUACGGCGUUGAAUGGAGUUAACCUUUGACCUUGGCGAUUGUAUUUCCUGUUCUCUACCUGCACAACCUGUUCAGCCAGCCACGCCUCGAUUCCUGAGCAACAGCAGAGGCAGAGUUUUGAGAUGAGCACAGAAGGCUGGUCUGCCCCUCAAACAUUAGUGCUUCAUUUCCUUUAAUUCCCUCCUAAAUGCGGAAUAUGGAUAAAUUAACAUAUUGUCCUUUCACACUCGAGCUCUGUAUUGUUUGGAGGCUCUGAAAGCUUCCUGUCGAGUGUAGACUUACCUUUCCAACAAUGAUGAAUCCUGAAGGCGGCCAUUUUGUGGGUUGACCUAGUUAUGGGAACUCUUGCUGUCAUGUGAGGAGCAACUAGGACUCUCCAGUACAAACUAGCCAUCAGCUCCCCUCCUCAUCUCUAUCUCACAUGUAUAAAAAUCCAGGAAGCGUGGCGAUGGCUGCUGAGCAUGUGAUUGGUUGACUGCACUCCACUCCUGCUUUUUUUUGAUCGGGCCCCUGUGGUUUUUGUCCACCAUUUUAUAUUUUGCUUAAAGGCCGAGGGGAAAAAAGCAAAGGUGCACCAGGUGACGUGUUCAAGGUCGUAGCCCUCCUUUUAAUGAUUGUAUACUGAAAAAGAGAGAGAAAUAAAGAAAGAGGGGAAAAAAAAAGGUUUGAAAAAUUUAGAAAGGAAAAAAUAAAACUCAGGUAGUUCUCAGCGGCCCUGCUCUGCAGGUGUCUCAUUGAAACGUUUCCCGUAGUGAUGAUGUAAUGACUUAUUUCCCCCUUGUUAUGACCUCUCAGUACUAGUCUGAUUCUUUUGUGUCCAUUUACAUAUUAUAAAAACAAAUUACUUGUCAAUCUGAAAAAAAAUUAUUUCAAUUAGUUUCCCCUGAUUAAUCUUUUUAUUUUGUUGCCAAUUUCUGUUUUUCCUUUUUCAAAAAAAGUACAAAUACUUCACACCACUUGAUGCUCAUUGGCCCUUUUAGAAUGUAUUUUGUGAAGAAAGGGGUUAAAUGAGAUCUUGUAGUUGCUCACUCCCUACAACCAGCUGCUGGAAGCCUUAUAAGACUGAACAGAGACCACAUUCAGAAAAAAGGAUUUGUUUCUAAAUUUGUCCAGCAAUACUAUUACGAGUAGAUUGUGGAAUCAUGUGCUUAUAGAGGAACAUGCUGCGUCGUGUUCAUUUUUAAAAAGUCAGCCAAGCUGGGGGACGUUUGGCCCGAUAGGACGACAGAAGCUUGUCCACGCUCUUGUUGUUUCCUUUGUGUCCUGUUCUCCCAGCAGCCGGGUGUGUGCGGAGUGGUCGCUGUGUUUGUGCGCUGCAUCUGUGUUGUCUGAGCAGAGAUCCACUGAAUGUAUCCUCCUCACAGUCCAAGAGGCAGGGCGAGCCAGCGUGGCCAGCUGAGUUUAGAUGGGUGCUGCUGGUACUUCCUCAUCCAUGCCGCUGUGUGUGUGUGAGUAUGUGUGUGUGUGUGUGUUUGUGUGUGUGUGAGUGAGUGAGUGAGACUUUCUGUCAGUCUGCCAGUCAAAUCCCUUUGUGUGUGCAUGUGUGUGCAUUUUCCAGUCCACCAUCCCUCCCUGAACACACACACACACACACACACAGACACACACACACACACACACACACACACACACACACGCACGUGCUGAGUGGAAGUGCAGAUGUCAGGUCUUCAGUCUAAAUAAGGCAAAGGAGACAAUAAUAUAUUGGCCACCUGCUGCUCUCUCUGUACUCUGUGGACUUUAAACAUUUCCUAUGCAGUUUUUUUUGUUUACACUUAAAUAAAGUUGUAUUUCUUUGACUUCA